AUGGAGUGCGAAAAUCGAACAAGAGUCCAUCACUUCAUCAUUGUUGGGUUGCCUUACCCUCAUGACCUUCAAUUUCCAUUGUUUGUCUUCUUUUUGCUCAUCUACUUAAUGACCUUCUUAGGAAACCUCCUUAUCCUUUUGGCAGUGGCAUUUGAACCUCAGCUGCACAAGCCCAUGUAUUGGUUCCUUUGCCAUUUAUCCCUCUUGGACAUGACUGUAUCCUCUGUGGUGGUACCCAAGGUGGUAGCUGGAUUCCUGGAAGGGGGUGGGGUCAUCUCCUUUGGUGGCUGUGUGACCCAGCUCUUCUUCUUCCACUUCCUGGGCUGCACUGAAUGUUUCCUGUAUACCGUGAUGGCCUACGACCGCUUCCUGGCCAUCUGCAAGCCACUCCGCUAUGGCAACAUCAUGAACCACAAAGCUUGCCUCUACCUCUCCUUGGGAACCUUGCUUGGUGGCUCAGUACACUCCAUGAUACAAACCACCCUCACCUUCCACUUGCCCUAUAGCCAUGGAGACCAAGUAGGUUACAUCUUCUGUGACAUCCCAGCUGUCUUGAAAUUAGCCUGUGCUGACACCACACUCAAUGAGAUGGCCACCUUUGUAGACAUUGGUUUCUUGGCCAUGACUUGCUUCUUCCUUAUCAUCACCUCCUACAUCUAUAUAAUCUCAGCUAUCCUCAGGAUUCGUAAUGCUGAAGGACGACAUCGGGCAUUCUCCACUUGUGCUGCCCACAUCACAGUUGUAGUGACUUACUACAUUCCCCUGGUGUUCAUCUAUCUCCGUCCAGGGUCCCAAGACCCAUUGGAUGGAGUGGUGGCAGUUUUCUACACCACAAUUACCCCACUCCUAAAUCCCAUCAUAUAUACCCUUAGGAACAAAGAGAUGAAAAGUGCGUUAAGAAAACUCUGGGUCUGGAAUUUGCUAACACUCAGUUGA